GCUUGGAACGCUGUUCCGAUGCAGGAAAUAAAUGCACGCACAUUGUACCUUUCCCAAAAGGAAUUGACGAUACCUUUACACACUUACACUACGUGAUAUAUCCAAUGACCUCCAGAUGAUGACAUUAGGGAAAAACGUGUAUGGUGUCAUAAUCCUCCUUAGCACCAAGCAGUAUGACUCGCACUUGCGCUACGCCAAACCCUUUGAUUUUCGCUAUUGCAACACCUGAUUUGAUGGAUACUUUCAAAAACAGGAAUCUGUAUUGUGCCAAUGUUGUUAGGCCAAAACCUUACAAAUCUUGUGUAUACAAUAGCAGAUAUCCUCAUAAGCACUAUCUUUCCUCAAUUUGCAUAAACUGUCAUCCGGUAUAUUUUUGUUCUAAAGCAUGUGGUUUUAAUUAAAUAGACCAAAGCCAGUGUGCUUCGACAGAACUUGGC